AUGACCAAUUCACUGUCUUCCACAAACGGAACCGUUCCAGAAAAAUGGCUCCAAAUGCGAGAACAGAGAAUACGAAAUCAUACGGACAGGCUAAACGGAUGGUUGCAUUUGGAUUUUUCCAACCCGGAAGUGAUCGGUGAUCUUCAAAUGAUCAAAGACGAGAACUCUCUUGUUGAAUUCGAGAAGAAACUCGCAAAUUGGGCGGCUCUCCAAAAUGCCAACUUUCCCGCGUCAGAAGUCAGAUUUCCUCUAAAUAAAAGGGGAACCGUGUUCAACAUCAACGCGGUUCCCUUUCAACCAAGGAUUAUGGCACCUCGAUUCGUGUUGCCAAUUGUCCCAAAAUCCUAUAAAGUGGGAACGCCGGAAGCCGCACCAAUUUUCUCUCGGAUUCAUGAGAAAAAGAAGGAGUCGAUAAUCCGAAUCGAGGUGACAUUGGCUGACGAUGAAUGUUCGUCGACCUUGGAUGAGGUGACUGAAGAACCAUCAACGACUGAAACCAGAAACGCUGGUCAUAAAGACAUUGAUGCGGAUUCUUCUUCAUCUUGCGGUAGAAAUCGAGGAGAUCUGACUUCUCAAACAUCCCCAGACAUGGCACCGCUUCAGUUGAAAACCUCCAACUUCCCACCAUGCAAACGGCGUGAGUAUUCGUCUGAAAAACAAUCCGUUGAUCGACCAACCGAAAUCGAUGAAGUUGGGUUCGUUCCACAUGUAGCCAAGAACAACAACAAGAAAUCAAAGACGGGAAAGAAGAAAAAUAAGUCUGGAAAGAAACCGAAAAACGAUGUGGUGUGGCCAACUUCUGAGACAAUCGAGCAGCCAAACAUCGAUGUCGAUGAAGUCACUGAGGAACCAGCAACGACUGAUACCAAAAAAGCUGGUCGUGAGAAUACUGAUUUGGAUGAGAAAGAGCAAACAGGCUUUGAUGAGGUAAAAUCUUUGUCUCAUGAGAAGGCUCCAAAUCCAGAAGCAAUUUUCAAAAAAAUUACAAUUUCUGUGCUCUCAAGUGGUCAAGCUUCUAAAAAGAAAACAACUAAACCACCGCUUACUCAUGUCCUUCCGCCUGAUUCUGCAAAGCUGGAAAAGGGAACUUCUUCCACUUUGUCCUCAAAACUUUGUGAAGUUCUUAUUCUAAAGGACAACAAAGUCCUCGUAAUGCCAGGUAGCAAUGGGAACAAUUUGAUUGAUGCAACAACAACUCGAUUGAUGCAACAGAAGGACGUAGUAGGGCUAGCGAAAACUGGUUUUGAUGAGGUCGAAUCCCUGCCUGAUGAGAAGACGAAAAAUCCAAAAGCAAUUUUUGAAGAAGACGAAUUUCCUGUACUCUCAAGUGUUCCAGCUUAUGAAAAGAAGACAAUUAAAUCAUCGACGACUCAUGUCCUUUCGCUUGGUUCUGGGAAACCGGAGUCCUCAAAACUCUGUGGUCAUCCGCUUCUGAAUGAGAACAAAGUUCCUUCUGUAAAAGAGCAAAACGGCAACAACACAAAAACCAAGACAUGGGCAUCAGUUGUGAAAUCGAAAUCACCAAUUCAGCCUUUUUCUGCAAAAGAAUCUCAGUCUGGAAAUCGUAUCAAAACUCAAGGAUCUUCUGUUUCUUCGAAACCACAUCCACCCUCCUCUUCUUGGAAGAAAACACGUGCCUUCCCUGACACUUCCACCGUUCACAACCCACCGAAACCAAAGCAAUUUGACAAUGACGGUUUCGAGAUUGUUAUCAACGGUGCCUCAACAAGUGAAAUUGCCAGCAAGAUGAAAAGGAAGAUAGUAAUUAAGAAAGAAUCACCGUCUUCAUCGACUUCGUCACCGUCGAUACCUUCAUCAACGGAACCGUCAUCAGCGACACCUUCAUUGUCGUCAUCUUCUUCGCCACAGAAGAAGAAGAAACCUUCAAAUCAAAAAAAGUUGAAGAAUGUCCUGAAGGUGACGGAAGACGACCGUCUUGCCAUGGAACUUGGAAUAGAAGAAAAUAAGAAAUGGCAAGAAAAAAUGAAAGCCGAAGAGGAAGAGAAGAAAACCAUGGAAAACGAAGAAGCGGAAGCACAAGAGGGUCUUCUGAAAAAACUAAAAGAAGAUGAGGAGGAGAAAACCCCACUGAAGGAAGAAAAUCAGGAGACUAUCCCAGAAGAGGACAAAAAGGAAGUGACCGCGGAGGAGAUGAAGGAAUACCGAGAAGAAUUAUCUAUGAGAGCCGCCGUCCAAGCAUUUGAGGAACAGUGUAUUGGACAUAAGGAACACCAAAUGAUCAUCAAAAAAGUGAAGGCGUUCUGUGCUUCAAUAAAGAAACUGAAAGGAAAGAAGUACUCAAACCCACUGGUGGUUCCUUUUGACCAUCGAGAGCCAAAAGAUGUGACAAAUCAAAGGGACAUUGACAACGGGCACUUGUUGAAUAUCCGAAUUAGUGGAGCAAAGAAGGCAGGUGGCACCUGCAACAUGUUUUUGGCUGCAGUCUUUGGAGCAUUCCAGGAGUUUUACUCAACAGAAGUCGGACCAACACUCAUCAAACUAUUUGGAAGGACGGACCGCGAAACAUAUAUGGCAAGAGAAGAACACUUUAUUAAAACUCUUUUUAAGGACCAAGCCAAAAUUCUCAAGUUCGUAGGGUAUUAA